AGCCUUAUCUGUAAAGUCCCAGUCAGCUAAAUCUUUCAUUGUUUACUAUUUCGCAAGUUAUAAGGUGCGCAUGCGCUGUUUGGACCAUUCUCGUAGGCAUUAGCCAAUCUAUUGCUCAGCGGAUGAACACGAUGGCUGGUACGAGGUUCCUCAUAGGUCUCCUACUGCUUGCUGUUUUGGGCAGUGAGUUGGAUGCUUCAAGACUGACUGUCAACCAGGAGCUGUCCAACCUCUUCAAUGAGUUCUGGACUCUGGAUGUGAACCGCAUGCAGCCUGGAGUAGAUUACUCCAUUUUAGUGCAGGGUAAAGCUGGCUAUGUCAGUCAGGGCAGUAACGUGGCCCGGGACCGCGCCUCCCAGCCCCUCUUCUCCAACGUCAAUGAGACCAAGCUGGGUCUAAUACCAACCUUUUCCCGUUUUCUUACCCUUCUGGACAACUACGAGAUGUCUACAGGAGUGGCCGAGCGUAUCUCACCAGAGGAGGUUGCCGAGAACAAUCUGUUCCUCGACGCCGUCAUGGAGACGGAAGUCAUGAAGCGGGCCCAGAGAUACCUCGUUGGGAAGGGCAAGUCCAGCGCAAAUGCUCGGCAGUUUAGAAGCCAGCUCUACCUCAUAUGGUUCCAGCUCUACCACAGAGAAAGAAAUGCAGGCAUGGACUCCUCUGGUUUUGAGCAUGUGUUCGUUGGAGAGACCAAGUCUGGGACGGAGAUCAUCGGCUUCCACAACUGGCUGCAGUUCUACCUGCAGGAGAAGCACGGCCACCUGGACUACAAGGGAUACAAGGCCCGGGAGCAGGACAUACCUGACCAGGACGACCACGUGCUGAACCUCCAGUUCAGCUGGCACGGCCUGGUGAAGCCUGUGGGCAGCGCCUUCGUGGGGGCCAGCCCUGAGUUCGAGAUGGCCCUGUUCACCGUGGUGUUCCUGAUGAACACUCAGAGGAGCACCGCCGUGCUGGUCAACAUUGAUCAGUGCCAGAUGGAACUGGUGGUCAUCAGGCAUGGCCGCUCACUGGGCACCGCCUACCCCCGGCUGCUCAGCAGCAACAGCAGGCACCUGCCCAGGUCCCCCGCCCAAUGAGAGGGGCGCCUGCCCGGGUCCCCCGCCCAAUGAGAGGGGCGCCUGCCGGUUGUAUCUCAGUGCUAUCCUGAAGCCUUCAUCGUUUAAUGACAUAUACAAUGUUUUAUGAAUGUACUUGUGUAUUUCUUUUACAUCGGCUCAUAAGCUUAUUUUAUAAAUUGUAUUCAUUGAAUUAAAAAUAUAUUUAAUCAUGGA